UAACUAACACUGAAAAAUUCCCAAAAUUCCAGAGAGGGAAACAGAACAAAGCACCCACAAUUUCUAGAGCGAUAAACCAAUCAAUAAUAAUGGCAAAUACGGAGGCAGAAGCGGUGGAUUUUGAGCCAGAGGACGAUGAUUUGAUGGACGAAGACGGUGCCGUCGACGUUGACGCCUCCUCCUCGCCGCGAGCUCCACUUCCGAAGUUAAAGUCGGCUAUUACCGGAGGCAGCGCGUCUCCUUCACUCUCCGCUCCUAAAAAGACUAAAGGCCGUGGAUUUAGAGAAGAGGUUGAUACUGAGAGACAGAGCCGAUUCUCCGGUCGUGGAUUUGAUUCCCUCGGUUCUGAUGGUGGGCCUGGCCCCCAGCGAUCUGUUGAAGGAUGGAUAAUUUUGGUGAGUGGAGUUCACGAGGAAGCACAAGAUGAUCAUUUGCAAGAAGCUUUUGGUGAGUUUGGAGAAAUAAAGAAUUUGCAUUUGAAUCUUGAUCGCCGCACCGGUUUUGUUAAGGGCUAUGCGCUGAUAGAAUAUGAGAAUUUUGAGCAAGCAGAGAAUGCAAUAGCUUCAAUGAACGGGGGAACAUUGCUUGAACAGGUUAUCAAUGUUGAUUGGGCCUUCAGCAAUGGUCCCAGCAAUUGGGCCUUAAAGAGAAAGAAUAUGAGACCUGGACGAACACAUCGCUCAAGGAGUCCUAGGAGGAGAUACUAAUGGGUUGAGAUUUCUGUCAUGAAGGUGUAUGAUUUUGCUUUGAGGCAUUUUCUACUUAGUUAUCAUGGAAGAUCGUGGUUGAUUCUUGUCUUCAUUGGGUUUAUGAAUUGAUCAUCUGUUUGUUGGGAAUCCCUCCAGUUUCUCCCCUUUUGUUGAAUGGAUUUACACUAAUUUCUAAGUUUAGUAAUCACUGUGUAUUUGACUCUGAUUUUGUACUAAUCUUUAAGUUUAGUAAUCUGGUUUAUUUGGGUGCUUAAGAUA